ACGGCGCAUGCGUAGGAGGAAUUCGACCUAUAGGUCACAGGUGAAAGUUCAACCUGGAACUUACUGGUCAAGUUUCGUCCAAAUUUUCCCGACAAAUUAGAGCUAGAUUUACGGGUAAACUUGAAGGAAUCGGAGUUGAAACAGAGGGCUACAGGAGAGUAGAAGCUCCAGGAUGAGUGAAGAUGUAGAGAAGGAUCAUCUGUAUGCCUUAUACACCUGCCACGUCAACAGACAUUCCCAGGAACAAUCCUCUAAUGAGGCUUCUGCCGACCCCGACCCAGCCGACCCGCCGGAGCCUGACCCCAACGGGGACAACUUCAGCCUGUCCGUGGUGGCCACCAACAUGAAGGCUGAGAACGAGGUGGAGCUGAGGGCCAGCAUGGUGAAGCGCCUCAGCAGGGGCCUGAUGCACGCCAGCAGUGGGAGUGUGACAAACCUGGACAUCGGGCUGGGGGAGGGAGGGUCAGCCUGCUACUACAGACUCCUGCAGCAGCCGGGGGAGGAGGUACAGGAAAUAGCAGAGCUGAGUACAUCCCCCACCCUGGCCAGUGUGUGCAUGGACCGGUACAUCGUAUGUCUGGUGGACCCUGUCUCAUCACCUCUCGACCUCUUCAGAUCAGAACUGGACAAGUUCAGCUUCAGCCUGCUGAGCCUGUUGGACGCCUGGAUGUCACAGCUGGAGGAGCUGCGGGUGCAGCUGGCCAGGUGGUUUGACGAGGUGACCGGCUACACCACCAGGUGCCCCGCCAGGUUCCAGGAGGAUGUCUCCAUCCUGCUGCAUGUUGGGCUCACAGGCUGCCAGCUGACCUUCCAAGGACCAAAUCAAGAUGACCAGCUGAAGGAGGACACGGAGAAGUUUGUCACCGCUUGCAGCCUUAAGAGCCUCCUUAGCACCACACCUGACGACCAACCUGCCCCACCUAGCGACCAACCCCUGAUCGAGGUUGACAACAGCAUGGUCCAUUCCAUUAGCCAGGAGCAAAACGCUGUUGUGUUGUCUUUAGAAGGAGAAGAACACAAGUUCAGCUGUGAGACUGUCAGUAGGUUUUGUAAGAACUGGGGAGAGAAGGUUCUGAGUGCCAGCAGUGUGAGUGCAUUCCAGGUCAGACAGAUGUUGGACAACUUCAAACUGCAGGUGAUUCAGGAUAUGAACGCCUUCAAGCGCCUGAUCCUACAGGCAGAAACGGACCACUACGCUCUCUACCGUUGCCUAAUCUUUACUCAGAACUGUGGACACAACUUGCUACAGUCGCCAGCCGUCAUGAAUGACCCCGGUCUUGCCAGUCUCGACUCACAAGAUGUGCUCAAAGUGUUACAAGAUCACCUGAAGUGAUGUACAAUCAUAAGUACUAGCUGUGAUACACGACAAGGGGAAUGAGUGUCUUACUUUAGUACAAUAGUGUGUUUAAACGUCCAAGUGCAAUUAGCAAUCAGUUUUAUAAAAGUUAUUGGAAUAUUUAUGAAGAGGGAAGGUAGUACAAGGUAAUACAGAAAUGAUGGUCUUGUCAUGUGCCUUUAACUUGUUCAUGUGACCAUCACUGUAAUUUAACAGUGCCUUUACAGAUAUGGGGUAUAUGUCACUGACAGCAUCAAAGGGUUAACAUUUUCGUAGAUACAAUGUAAUUAGAAUUUUCUGAAACAACUGUGUACAUAUUUGUACCCAAUAUAAACACCUGAAGUGGAAUUUUGACAUGUUUUGUUUCUUAAUGUAUAGUAGAUCACAGAAGUUUAGUUGAAUGUAAAAAAAAUUGUUAUUUUUUUUUUAGCCUGUGUUUACACAAGCUAUUGCUGGCAGGAGUUAAUUACCCCCUCCCCGAGGGCAAUUGUAGGGCCGGCCGUUAAGGGCGCGAUUUUAGGGGCUAGUUUUUUUUACCUGUACUCUGUAUCACUGGGGUUUUCCUUUCAUGAUGUGUAUUGCUACAGUGUUUUGUUGUACAUUUGUAUUUGAUCUGGUGUAAAAAAUACUACAAUCAAAUAAAUUUGAUGCAACUGGUACUUCAUAUAUACAACAAUUGUGUAUUAAUAAGACAACAUUGAUUUAUUUGAAGGCGAUUCAGUCUCUACAAUGGGAUAAAAAUCCGAU